GCUGCUGCUCCAGUAUACACGGAGACACAAAAACCGAGCCAUGGCUUCCGCGACCAAGUCCAAUGCGAAUGCGGACAAGAUGAAGCAGAAGUCUCUCAUGUCUUUCUUCGGAAAGAAGGAUGGCGUAGACACCAAAGCAUCGCCUGCCGCCGACAAGCCAAAGCCAAAGCCUGCGGUAACAGAGACCCCCGCUAAGGCUACGAAGACGAAGCUCCGCGAAAAACUGAAUCCUCCCUCGUCGCCUCUAUCCACGAAGGAGGUGCAUACACCCAUGCCCAAGGGCAACUCGCAGUCGUCUGGCAUCGUCAGCGCGACGUACACUCGGAGCUCCGAGGGCGGCAGCAGUAUUCGCGAUACCCCUCCAACAAGCGAUCCCAUUGACGUGGACAUGCUGUCCGACGCGGAGCCUUCUGACGCGCUCCACAGUAGCGUGGCAAAGUCGACAACAGGUCGUAACAAGCGGAAGAUCGUCGCCGCUGACUCGGACGAUGACCUUCCUCCGAGCGACCCUGUUCGAUACCAGAAGGCAAAUGAUAGGUCCAAGAAGCCGCGCAUGUCCGCCGUGUUUUCGGAUGUGGAGGAGGAUGAGGAGGCUGCUGAGAUGAACUCAUUUGCAAAGCGUCUCACCAAGUACCAGAAGUCUCCCACGAAGUCGAAACCGAAAGGACGGAAGAAGAUGGACGACGACGACGACUUCAUAGUCCCAGACAAUAUCGACGAAGAGGAUGACGAAGUAGAAGUGUCUUCCUCCCGGGGCCGCUCUUCCUCGCGUGCCUCCUCCCGCAGGUCGUCCCACUCCUCCGCCCUCUCCGAGCUCGACAGCGAGUUCGACGAUGACGACCUGGAAGAGCCCAAAUCGAAGUCCAAAGUUAAAUCGAAGUCCUCCACGUCAAAGAAGGCCUCCGCUCCAGCACGUCCGCCCAUCAAGCAAGAGUCCUCUAACCCAGGUGGGGGCAGCGCCUUCCUCACCGCCGCCGAGCAGCGUGCGCUCAAGCAGAAGUCCGACAAGAAGGCUGCCGAAGAUGCGUUCAGCUUUCUUCUCGACGUCCGCGACAAGGACGGCGUGCGUCCGGGGGAGCCGGGGUACGACCCGCGCACGCUGUACAUCCCGAAGAGCGCAUGGAACGAAUUCACCCCGUUCGAGAAGCAAUUCUGGGAGAUCAAGCAGAACCACUUCGACACGAUCUUGUUCUUCCAGAAGGGCAAGUUCUUGGAGCUGUAUGAGGAGGAUGCGCGGAUCGGGCAUCAGGAGUUCGAUUUGAAGCUGACGCAGAGGGUGAAGAUGAGCAUGGUUGGCGUGCCCGAGAUGUCGUUCAACUUCUGGGCUGCCAAGUUCCUCGGAAAAGGCUACAAAGUCGGUCGCGUCGACCAAGCGGAGACCGCGCUCGGUGCCGAGAUGCGCCUCGCGGCAGACAAGAAGUCCAAAAAGCCCCCCGCAGCGGACAAGGGCAAGGACAAGAUCGUCCGGCGCGAGCUCAAUAAGGUGUUCACAAACGGCACGCUCGUCGACGCCGAGCUCCUCACCGACGACCAAGCCGGCCACUGCGUCUCCAUCCGCGAGGAAGAGGACGCGGAGAGCAAGGACGGGAAGCAGACGUUCGGGAUAUGUGUGCUAGACAGUGCGACGAGCGAGUUCAACCUGAGCGCGUUUGAGGACGACAUCUGUCGGACGAAGUUGGAGACAAUGAUGCGGCAGUUGAGGCCGAAGGAGAUUAUAUUUACUAAGGGUAACCUCUCCGUGUCGACGACGCGUCUCCUCAAGUCCAUCCUCCCCGGCAAUUGUCUUUGGACCUCCCUUCGCGACGUCGAAGGGCUCAAGUUUCAAGACACAAUCAAAGAGCUCAAGAAGCUCUACCCCGCCUCGGGCGAUGACGACGACGAGAUGGCUGACAACCCGCAUGGGCUCUCUUCCGCGGUCCCCGAGCCUAUUCGGCGCAUGCUCCCUCACCGCGCCGCGAUCGAGGCGUUGGGUUCAAUGAUCUGGUACCUCAACACGCUCAACAUCGACAAGGACAUCCUGAGCAUGAAGAACUUCAACAUCUAUGACCCGAUGCGUCGUGGACAGGGCCUCGUCCUCGACGGCCAGACCCUCGCACAUAUUGAGGUGCUUCAGAACAGCGAGGGCACCGAGGAGGGCACGCUCCUCAAGCUUCUUAGCCGGUGCAUCACCCCGUCCGGCAAACGGCUGUUCCGCAUCUGGCUCUGUAUGCCUUUGCGCGAGGUGAAGGACAUCAAUGCGCGGCUGGACGCCGUCCAAGACCUGCUCGACCAUCCGACUUUCGAGGCUCAGUUCGCUUCGAUCGCGAAGGGCCUCCCGGAUCUCGAGCGGAUCGUGUCUCGGAUACAUGCAAAGAACUGCAAGGUCAAGGAUUUCUUGAAGGUUCUAACGGCGUUCAAAAACCUAAGCAAGGGCCUAGCCGAACUUGCAGAUACCGCGGACGCGUUUGAGUCAAAGACUAUCUCGGGCCUUUUGCGGACGGCGCCGGACUUGGCACCGAAUUUGAAGCAUGUAAAGUCGAUGUUCCAGACACCAGAAGAGAACAGCGACGAGCUGGUCCCUGAGGAUGGAAUGGACGAGGUCUACGACACUGUGAUGUCGGAGAUCAACGAGCUAGAGGAUGAGCUCAAGGCGGAGCUGAAGACCAUCCGCAAGAAGACUGGCUUGGACGCGACCUACUGGCAUAGCGCACAAGGGACGAAGGAGAUAUAUCUCGUCCAACUUCAGGGCAAGGAGAAAGACAAGGCGCCGAAGGAGUGGACACUCAGCGGCUCGACGAAGAACGCGAAGCGUUUCAUCAUCCCCUCCCUCCAAACCACCAUCCGCAAGCUCAAGGAAGCCCGCGAGAACCGCAACACCGCCAUCAAGGACUUCAAAAAUCGGUUGUUCGCUGAGUUCGACGCCGACCGUUCUGUCUGGCUGCGUGCGAUCCGCGUGCUUUCCGAGCUCGACUGCCUCUUCAGCCUCGCCAAGGCGUCGAGCGCGCUGGGCGAACCUGCGUGUCGACCAGAACUGGUCGAGGGCGAUGAGGCGUUUAUUGACUUCACCGAGCUCAGACACCCCGCAUUGGUUGCUGGCUCAUCGCUCAGGGGUGACUUCAUCCCGAAUGACGUAAAGCUGGGUGGGGAUGUUGGUAGGAUUGCGUUGUUGACUGGACCGAACAUGGGAGGAAAGUCGACUGCUAUGCGUAUGACCGCAACUGGCAUUAUCAUGGCCCAACUUGGUAUGCUCGUCCCCGCCAAAAGGGCUCGCCUAUGUCCAGUGGACUCUAUUUUGACCCGUAUGGGCGCGUACGAUAACAUGUUCUCCAACGCCAGUACCUUCAAGGUCGAGCUCGAUGAAUGCUGCAAAAUCCUCCGCGACGCUACGCCGAAGUCGUUCGUCAUUUUGGAUGAGCUCGGACGCGGGACAUCGACAUACGAUGGUAUGGCCAUCGCCGGUGCGGUCCUGCACCAGCUCGCGACGCACACCCUCUCACUCUCGUUCUUCGCCACUCACUAUGGCUCCCUGACCGACGACUAUGCGUACCACCCCAACGUGCGUAACAUGCACAUGGAGACCCUCGUCGACGAUGAGAAGCGGGAACUUGUCUUCCUCUACAAGCUCGUUGACGGUGCCGCUGGCUCCUCGUUCGGCACUCAUGUUGCCAAUCUCGCCGGCGUACCUCUCGAGGUCGUCGAGCGUGCUGAAGUGGUUUCGAAAGACUUUGCGAAGCACUUCAAGGAGAAGCUUGAGGGGAAGAAGACCAAGGUCUCUGGCCGCCUCCCUCUCGUUGCCCAAGCAGACUUUGCGUAUCUCUUCAAGCUUGCCACAGGCGCCCUAGAGUUGCCGGAAGAUAAGGUCAGGAGGCGGGAGGUACUGAAGACGCUGAAAGGUGCAGUGAUAGGUGCACUACAAGAGACUCUUGUUGCCGCUUGAGCAGAGGAGGACGUCGUUGCUGAUCUAGACUCGCUAUCGUAUCGCUGCUUUGCUGAUUGCUCUGUGUAUAGCUUAUAUCAUCAUACGUCAUCACUCUAGCUACUAUAUUGCCGCUUUGUAAUGCAUCAGACUCGUUGACU